AUGUCGCACGCCGAAGAGUCCCAGGUGGUGCCAUCCAAGGUGAUUCGCGUGUAUCAGGCCACAAAACCAGGUUGCAAGUUGAAGACCUCACCUGAACCUCCUUUCGACUCCGGUUCCCUUAUCAUCCUCCCCAAUCUUCCCCCUGGGAACUUCCCCGCAUUCGAUCUGCGUAUUACUGUCAGCGUUAUCCGCGCCGAUCAGGCCGACUCCGAUAUCAUUUCCCUAGAGGUCGGUGGGGACAUGUCCGUCGAGCUCCUCAAAGCUAUCGUUCAGAGCGAAACGUCCAUCCCUCCCAACGAUCAACGACUCGUUUACAAUAACCAACUACUUAGCGAUGGUGCUCGCACCCUGGAGCAAGUCGGAAUUGGUGAAGGAGACAUGCUGGGGGUCCAUGUAACGCUACGGACGCCUCAAGCACCCGCCCGUACGGUCGGAGGACCCAGCGCCGCCACCUCUGCGGCCGCUCAACAGAACCUUCAACGACGACAGGCGAUGACCCCCGAUCCUGAGACGAUACGAUUACAUAUUCUGGGCGAUCCUCGCGUGCGAGAGGCGGUCCGACGACAGAACCCAGAAUUAGCAGAAGCCGCCAAUGAUCCGCAGCGGUUCCGUGAAAUUCUGGUCGGACAACAGCAACGGGAGGCUCAAUUGGAGGCGGAGAAGGAGGCCCGAAUUGCUAUGUUGAAUGCGGACCCCUUCAAUCCGGAGAACCAGAGGGAGAUCGAAGAGAUCAUCCGGCAAAAUGCGGUGACAGAGAAUCUCCACAACGCGAUGGAGCAUCACCCUGAAUCGUUCGGACGAGUACACAUGCUGUACAUUCCCGUCGAGGUUAACGGCCACAAGGUCAAUGCCUUCGUCGACUCAGGCGCCCAGGUGACCAUCAUGUCGCCGGAAUGCGCGAUUGCGUGCAACAUCAUGCGUUUGGUCGACCAACGGUAUGGAGGGAUUGCCAAGGGUGUCGGAACGGCGAAUAUCCUAGGUCGAGUACACUCCGCCCAAAUUAAAAUUGGAAGCAUGUUUCUGCCGUGUUCCUUCACCGUCAUGGAAGGGAAGCACAUCGAUCUGCUUCUGGGUCUGGACAUGUUAAAGCGACACCAGGCCUGUAUCGACCUCAAGCAGGGGGCUCUCGUAAUACAGGACCAAGCGGUGCCAUUCCUAGGCGAAGCCGAUAUCCCCAAAGACCUCCAGGAUGAAUUCGAAGAUGAGCCAAUGAUCAAAGGCGCAGAUGGUGCCGAAGUCGGCGCCCGCACAGGAGCGGUCACCCAUCAGGCACGUGGUGGUCAAGGGCCGAGUGGUGCCAGCACAUCCACUACCGCGGCCUCAUCGUCAACUCCCGGCACUACCACCCGGCCGGCGCCGGCGCAAUCAUCCCGUUGGCCGCAGGACUCCAUUGCGAAGAUUACGGAGCUCGGGUUUACACGAGAGGAGGCGAUGCGGGCAUUGGAUGCAGCCAACGGAAAUUUAGACGGUGCCAUUGGAUUCCUCCUCUGA